CACAAGUCACAAAUCACAAUGUUAUUCGUAAAUCGUAAAAGCUAAAUACGCAAAAAGCAUUAAUUAAAAGGUUACAAACUUUACAAAGUGCAAUUUUGUUAUAGUUUUACUUGUCUAUUUUGUCUUAAGAAAUUGAUAUCAGUUUGGUAAAGAUUGAUAAUCACAAAUAUGUCAUCACGACAUUUCCGUAAGUUUCAUGACACUAACACAUUACCACCUCUUGAGGGCAAUUCUGAUGAAGAAUUUGAACCAUACAAAUUACGUGCUAAGUCUCAUCCUUUUCAAGGGUUGGAAGUCAGCUCUACUUCAGAAACUGCAGAUGGUGAAAUAGAAUUGCCAUCGGAUGAUAAUGAUGAUGAUGAUCAUAUUAAACCAUUGAAAAAAAAGAAGAAUAAUAAGAAAAAAUAUAAGAAAAGGAAUCCCCCUCCACAGUUAAAAGAGGAUGAUGAUGAAGUUGAGAAAUUAGUAAAGGAAGUGAAUGAUCUACUGGGGCAACCAGAAGUGGAAAAACCUCCAGAACCAGUCAAGGUUGUUGAUAGAGCAGCGGCACUAUUUACAGUUCAGCAAAAAUUCCUAGAUGAGGACAGUGAAAUGGAAAGAAAGUAUGGAGACGAAUACAGAAAAGUUCAAAAGAAGCACAAUAUUAAACUGGAGAAAAACAUAAAUGUACCAUUUAAACACAAAAUUUCCAGAUUGGGUUUCGGGAUGUCCAUAUACGAACGCCAUCCUGAUUACAUAUCGUUUGCUUUCGAUCACAACACCAGGAAGUAUCGGAGCAUGCAUGAGAAUUUCCUUCGCCAAGCACUCUAUGACAACCCAGGCCAUCCUGUUCACAGGGAUCUAAGCCAGGUCGCAUUCAACGACAUGCACAUGGAAACAAUUAUUGAGAGUACAAACUGCUGUUUUGAAGAAGAUAACUACAUCAAAGCGAAAGAAACUAUAGAGACGUGCAUCGCUCUUAUGCAGUAUGCCGCUCAUCCAUUCUUCAGUUUGACGUGUAGGCGCACACGGCUGCCAUUCAGUAUUUUGGAGAAUCGGCCAUACCACGUAGCACUACUGGUGUACGCGCACAUUGUGUCGCGCCGUGCCUGUCACAGAACCGCGCUCGAAAUAGCCAAGGUGCUAAUGAACAUAGACCCAGAAGAUCCCCUGGCUGCAUUGCUUAUCAUCGACUCAUUUGCUUUGGGCGCUCAGGAGUACAAAUGGCUUUGGCAAGCGAUAGAAUAUUGGGUUGAUACGAAGAAAGGCGAAGAUAUGUUCAACUUGAUGUACUCGCGCGCUUUAGCGUGCUACCAUCUUUCUAAGAAAGAUAAAAAUUUCACCGAGGCGCAGGCUGAUAAGUUAUUAAAGCUCGCCAUGAUAAAAUUUCCAUACAUGGUGAUGAAGAUCGUAGACACCAAGAGUCUCAACUUUCCACCCGAAAUAAUAAAUUCCGAGCUAUUUAAUUCAUUUGCAGAUGAAAAGACCCCCACCAUUACGAAGGAGUUAAUGCUGCUGUACGCAAACUACACAGACACCAGCUGGACAGAGGCUCGCAAAUGGCUGGUGCGAAACGCGAAAGAGGUGGCCAUCUCAUACGAGAAGAACCAAACUGACAAGAUCCAGGCCAUAAUAUGGUCCGAGCGCUACUUGAAUUUGAUCAGGCAUUGGUCUAAAGAAAGCCUGAGACAUAUUCUUAUCAUCAUUCCAAUGUACGACUUUCUCAUUGAUGUUGACACAAUGGAAGUGCCGGAGCUGCGUCCGGGAGACCCAGUAUCCGGCAGCUACAUAAACCGGUACAACUACCCUCUACUGCCCUGCCCGAUGUCCGACCUCCUCAUGCAUCAGUUCCUGCGAGCCAUCGUGCCCAACGUGCACUCGAAGCCCACAGAGAGCAGUUCAUCACCGAGCGUGUCCAACCGUCGAUCCGAAAUGAAUUAUUUUUAAGCUAUAAAGGAAAGUGCUACAUCUAAAUCUGGCUGUAAAUAUAAAUUGUUGCUAAAUUUUAUAAAUAUUCAGCCUCCAAAGUAAAAUUUGUUUUUUGUCACCGUGGCGAGGGUGCUUUUACCCAUCGAGCCAUAACCUCUCAUGUAGAGGUCCUGGAAACACAAAUAAAGUCUUGUUUGAUACUUAUGAUCCCGUUUCAUCAAAAGGAACACUGAUUUUUUUAUAGUUAUCGCUGACUACAUUAGUUUGUCGCAGCGAUGUCAAAGAUAGUCGGCCGUCGGAAUAGUCGACGUGCAAUACUUAUGACUGUCAAGAGCUAACAGCUCAGACACUUGUGAACGGACACUAUCGUACUUGUGUACGCGUUGUAAGAGACCACAUCGCACCUAACAGGGGCGACCCGAUGCAGUUUUAGUUUGUAUAUCAUAUGAAAUUUUAUGGUUUGUUACACUGGCUCCAGGAUUGAUCUCUAAAUAUUACUGCUCAUCUGUUUUUUGACGGAACGAAAUAAUUUCCAUACUUCGUAUUUUAAUGUAUUUUUCUAAUAAUUUGGUAUGUAUUGAUUUUGCGAAUAAUGAUGAAAGAAUAUCUAUGGAUUCUUGCAUAAUAUAUAAAUUAUAAACUAAUUUGUACUUUUUUUAUGUGUACCUACAAUUUUAUAUUUUAUCAAAUAAAUAUAAGCAUAAAGCGUAUUUAAAAAAAACUAAUUGAAGUGGUAGUAAUCUGGCUAUAAUAAUAAUUUUCAUAAGUCUGUUUAUUUGUGAACGAUGGGCACAGGUCGGGGACAAGAGCUAGUCGGAGCUGGCACAGGACCGGGAUAAAUGGAGUGAAACAGGGGAGGCCAUUGCCCACCAGUUGGCUCCGUUAGGCUACCAAAAUAAAAAAUAAAAAUCUCAGAAACGGUGAAACGAUUUGGUUGCUGUUUUUUCUAAUGUAUCAUCAAAUUUCCGUAACAUUUAGUAUUUGUUUCAUUCCGAUCAGUUGACAAAAAAGUUAUUUUAAUGCUGACAGUUUCUUGCACACUUCAGUAUUAUAUAUAUAGUACUAAUUACUAUGAUAAAUCCAAUGCUAAAUAAAUACCUUACUCCUUAAAUAAAAUUAUUUAUAAAAUUCUCGUGUCACAAUGUUAAUUACCUAACUCCUACAAAACGGCUUUGCUGAUUUUUACCAAAUUUUGUAUGCAUAUUCAGUAGAUCUGAGAAUCGGCUACUAUCUAUUUUUCAUCCCCCUAAAUGUUCAGUGUAGUCCACCCCAAAAAAAUUUUUUUUAAUUUUUUGACAUUUUUUUAUGAUAUAACAUUGAAAAAUACAUACAAAUUUAAAUUUUCGCCCUUCUGCGAUCUACAUUUAUUUUUGUAUCACGAUUUUUAUAUUAUUCUGUUCCAACCACCAAACCGAUGGUUGCAAGAUGGCAAUCGAAUACGAUAAUUGUAGUACGAUAUAUUUGGUAGGUCUGAGAAUCGGUUGCAUAAAAUUUUAAUAAUUGUUUUUUUUUUAAUAUGUCAUAUGGCAAUGUGACGUUUGCUGGGUCAGCUAGUAUAAAUAAAUUAAUAAAAAUAUAAUAUAUAUAUAAACUUUUCUCAUUGUUGAUAUUUUUGUACCAGGUCUCUCAUACAAUGAAGUAGAUUUAACAAACCGUACUUACUUACGUAAGGCUAGCAUAUAACCUACUCCCCAGCUAAUUGAGACUUUGUUUUUACUUUUUAUUUUACCCAUUCCAUGACACCAUUGAAGAACUGUGCCAGGUCCGAUUGUUUAGUUUACUGUGACUUGUAAUCGUCCUUUUUAACUUUUUAUUUUAUUUUUGGUUGUACAUUAGCUCAGAGAAUGUUUGUUAAUCAGAAUCAACAAUAAUAAUAUUAUAGUGUGUAUGUGUUAUAUUAAUAAUUAUUAUGUUUUGUAUUUACAAUUAUAAUAAAACUCAUCGGAUAUUGAUAAAAUUAAAUAAAUAUAUUUUAUAUAUUAUAGUAUGUUAUAAGAAAAUAAACUUUUGGCUUUUA